AUGACCUUCAAGAAUGACAAGUUUCCUUCUUCGGAGGCAUUCGAUGUUAUCAAUGCCGCGUUAUCUGCAAGCGAAGCCGAUAAAAAGGAUGCUAUCAAGCAAGGAAAUGCUAUCUUUGCGUUUACUAUAAAGAAUAAGGCCGGCGAAACCGAGAGUUGGCAUAUCGAUCUAAAGGAGAAAGGUGCCGUCGGUACCGGCGUUGGGACUAAACCAACAGUCACUCUUUCGCUUUCCGACGAAGACUUUGCUAAGCUCGUGUCCGGCCAAGCUAAUGCGCAACGAUUGUUCAUGUCGGGAAAACUCAAGAUUAAGGGCGAUGUGAUGAAGGCGACCAAGCUACAACCUAUCCUAGCAAAGGCGCAGACAAAGGCCAAGUUGUAA